AUGCGAGACGGAAUUUACUCUGUAGCUCAACUCAUGGAUAUCGGCAAGCAAAUGUUGGGACGACGUCACGUUAUUCCGGAUGUCCUGGAUACCGUAUUCGAGAUUCAAGUGGAAGGCACGUUUCCCGACGGCACAUUUCUCGUCACCGUACAUGAUCCUAUCUGCACAGACAACGGCAACCUGGAAAUGGCGCUCUAUGGAAGUUUUCUUCCGAUUCCCAGCCAGUCUCACUUUGAACUCCCUAAACCUCGUACACGCGAAGAUGCGCCCGGCGCCAUCAUUGCACUACCUGGAAAGAUCGAAUUAAAUCCUGGUCGAAAACGACUGUCAUUGACCGUCACCAACUAUGGCGAUCGUUCUAUUCAGGUCGGUUCUCAUUAUCAUUUCAUCGAAGCCAAUGCAAGUCUUAGUUUCAAUCGUGCGCUCGCGUACGGUAUGCGGUUGGAUAUCCCGGCAGGGUCGGCAAUACGUUUCGAACCGGGCGAUUUCAAGACGGUGACGUUGGUGGAAAUUGGAGGAAAUAAGAUCAUUAGUGGUGGUAACAAUCUCGCUCCGGGUCCGGUGGAUUUGAUCAAAUUGCCUGGCAUUAUCGAAAACCUUGUCAAUCGCGGAUUCAUGCAUGACGCCAACACGCCCCUGUUGCCCAAUGCGCCACCUUACGCUUUGGAUCGCGAUUACUACGUCGAACAUUUCGGUCCGACCACAGGCGACCUCAUCCGUCUCGGUGACACCAACCUGUGGGCCGCCAUCGAAAAGGAUUACACUGUAUAUGGUGAUGAAUGUAAAUUUGGCGGUGGCAAGGUUUUACGUGAAGGCAUGGGCCAAGCCACGGGUAAAUGUGACCAUGAAGUAUUGGAUCUUGUCAUCACCAAUGCGGUGAUUAUCGAUUACACGGGUGUUUACAAGGCUGAUAUUGGUAUCAAGAAUGGUAUGAUUGUGGGGAUCGGUAAAGCCGGUAACCCGGAUGUCAUGGAAGGCGUUACUCCUGGCAUGAUUGUCGGAGCAGGUACCGAAGCGUUGGCAGGUGAAGGCAAAAUAUUUACCGCCGGUGCCAUUGAUUCCCACGUUCACUACAUCUGUCCACAAAUGUGCUUUGAGGCUCUGGCUGGUGGCAUUACCACUUUGAUUGGUGGUGGUACUGGUCCCAAUACGGGAUCGAAUGCCACGACGUGUACCCCUGGUUUUUAUCACAUGGAAACGAUGCUGAAAGCCACCGACGAUAUCCCUCUGAACUUUGGUUUUACCGGUAAAGGAUGUGCGGCUGGAAAGGAAGAAUUGGUUGAACAGAUCCGUGCCGGUUGCUUGGGUCUGAAAAUUCACGAAGAUUGGGGCGCCACACCGGUCGCCAUUGAUACCUGCUUAGACGUGUGUGAAGAAUAUGAUGUGCAGGCCACAAUUCAUACCGACACACUCAAUGAGGCCGGUUUUGUUGAAUCCACCUUGGCCGCGUUCAAGGGACGUACCAUUCACACCUACCACAGUGAAGGCGCAGGUGGUGGUCACGCACCUGACAUUAUCAGUGUAUGUGGUGAAGCGAAUGUAUUGCCAUCGUCGACGAACCCAACGCGACCGUUUACGGCGAAUACAUUGGAUGAACAUAUUGACAUGUUGAUGGUGUGCCAUCACUUGUCCAAGAAUAUUCCCGAAGACGUGGCAUUUGCUGAAAGUCGUAUUCGAGCGGAGACCAUUGCCGCCGAAGAUGUGUUACAUGAUAUCGGUGCGAUUAGUAUGAUCAGUUCGGAUUGUCAAGCCAUGGGAAGAGUGGGAGAAGUCGUCUUACGUACGUGGAAGACGGCCCAUAAAAUGAAACAGCAGCGCGGCAAAUUACCCGAAGACGAAGGCCAUCUUGAUGACAAUUAUCGUAUCCGUCGAUACGUUGCAAAGUAUACCAUUAACGUAGCAUUAGCCCAUGGUGUUGGCCAUUUGGUGGGUUCGAUUGAAGUGGGUAAAUUGGCCGAUCUGGUUUGUUGGUCACCGGCAUUCUUUGGUACCAAACCCGAAUUAAUUAUGAAAGGUGGCAUUAUCGUAUGGGGACAAAUGGGUGAUGCAAACGGAUCGAUUUCUACGACACAGCCUAUCAUUUCGCGACCCAUGUACGGAGCAUACGCAUCGAGUUUGUCCAAGAGUUGCGUGCUUUUCGUGUCGCAAUUAUCCAUUGAUUCUGGUACCAUUGACAAGUACAAACUUCGCAAACGCAUUGAACCUGUCAAGAACUGUCGCAGUGUCACCAAGCACGACAUGAAGCUUAAUAACACGAUGCCAAAGAUUCGUGUGGAUCCUGAGACCUAUGCGGUGACGGCCGAUGGCGAAAUCUGUGAUUGUGCGCCUGCUCACGAAUUACCCAUGACUCAGACAGUAUACCUCUUCUAG